GAAAAUAUAAAUCAACAGGUUGAAACGAUAAAAGAACAAAUUUCAGUCGACCAAACUGAAGCUUCUUUAGUUUCUUCUUUCGGAACGUUAAACACCAAAGACAUAAAACUUAAAAAGGAUUGGUCAAGUGUUCGUGACGUUCGAGAAGGAGCCGAAGAAACCCAAGUAUUUGGAACUCGUACCUUGGAUAAGAAGGACAACGUAUGGAAUCAUAAUGCUUGGGAUAAUGUAGAAUGGGAUGAAGAACAGGAAAAAUCAGCACAAGAUAAAGUUCGCAAGCAGGCUAGUAAUCCUAUGCCGCUUGAAGAACAAGAAAAGUAUCAUCAAGAAGCUGCAGAAUUUUGGAAUACUUUUUAUCGCCAUAACGUAAAUAAAUUCUUUAAAGAUCGUCAAUGGUUGGGAAUUGAAUUUCCAGAACUUAUUGCAGCGACGAAAUUAAACGUUUGUCCAAAGAGAAUUUUCGAAAUAGGAUGUGGUGCCGGGAAUGCUUUGUUCCCAUUAUUAACAGAGAAUGAAAACCCUGAGCUAUUUAUUUAUGCCGGCGAUUUUUCUUCGAAUGCUAUUGAUGUUGUUAUAAAUAAUAAAAACUAUGAUCCUAAAAAAUGCAAAGCAUUUAUUUGGGAUUUGACUAGUACGGAAAUACCAGAAUAUAUUAAACCAGCUAGUUUAGACUUAGUGGUACUUAUUUUCGUUAUGUCAGCUAUACAUCCCCAAGAUUGGAAUCAAGUUGUGAAAAAUAUGCUUAAACCAGGCGGUCUUGUACUUUUUAGAGAUUAUGGUAGAUAUGAUAUGGCACAAUUGAGAUUUAAAGAAGGUCGAAUGCUUUCGGAUAACUUUUACGUUCGUGGUGACGGUACGCGAGUAUACUUCUUUACCUCAGGUAAAAAGAUUUGA